UUUCUUGCCAGCCUGCGCGGGUGGCUUCCAGGAGAGGUUCGCGGGCGACUCGAGGCGAUGCGGGGCCCCCUGCUCCUGUGCGGGUGUCUGCUGCUGGCCGCCGGCCGCGCGCGCGACGACGACUGGGUCGACCCCACGGACAUGCUGCGCUACGACGCCGCGGCGGGGGCCAUGCGGAAGGCGCCGCAGGCGCGCUACGGUGUGUCGGAGGACGAGGGUGCCGGCCCCGACCCGUCGUGUGCCGAAGAGAUGGCGGAGUGCUACCGCACGCUGGACUCCCUCACUCACAGGAUCGGCGACUGUGAAAAGAAAAAGAGGGAGGAGUAUGAAAGUCAGAGCAACCCUGUCUUUAGGAGAUACCUAAAUAAGAUUUUAAUCGAAGCCGGGAAGCUUGGACUUCCCGAUGAGAAUGAAGGUGAUAGGCAUUAUGAUGCCGAGAUUAUCCUGAAGAGACAGACCUUGCUGGAAAUACAGAAGUUUCUCAGUGGAGAAGACUGGAAGUCUGGAGCCUUGGACGAUGCACUAAGUGAUAUCUUAAUUAACUUUAAGCUUCACAAUUUUGAAACAUGGAAGUGGCGAUUUGAAGAUGCCUUUGGAGUGGAUCCAUAUAAUAUGUUCAUGGUGCUGUUGUGUCUCCUCUGCUUGAUGAUGUUAGUGGCCACCGAGCUGUGGACCUACGUGCGCUGGUACACGCAGCUGAGGCGGGUCUUCAUCAUCAGCUUUCUUGUCAGCUUGGCGUGGAAUUGGAUGUAUCUAUACAAGCUCGCGUUCGCCCAGCAUCAGGCGGAAGUGGCCAAGAUGGCACCGUUAAACAACGCCUGUGCCGAGAAGAUAGACUGGGCGGGAAGUCUCUGGGAAUGGUUUAGAAGCUCAGUGACCUUCCACGAUGACCCGUGCCAAAAAUACUAUGAGCUGGUCGUCGUCAACCCCAUCUGGUUGGUUCCACCCACAAAGGUACCGAAUCCGUUGGUAAAAAUCCCUUCAGCAGAGUAAGUGAAAACUCCCUGUGUCUUUAUCAAAGCUUGUUAACAUGUCUCUUG